AUGGGAAGACUGACCAGGAAAGGCGCCGUCACGGCAAAGCUCCGCGCCCUGAGCAUCCUCCUGAGCCUCCUGGUCCCCACUCAUGCCGCCAGGUCACCCGACUGCGGGGGCAUCCUCACCCCCUCAGGACUGAGCUACCUUGCUGAAGUUUCAAAGCCCCACGCGGAGACAGUUCUCAGGCAGGACCUCAUGGCCCCGACGGUCCCAGACCUGUUCCUCGGCUCCCCGAAGCCCAGCAGGAACCAGGUUAACUCCGUCAAAGUCUCCGAGCUGUCGCUGUCACUUGUCCCCGACGCUGGGCUGAGGCUGAGCAUCGAUGUGGACCUGGGCAUCACACCCGCCCCCUCAACCACCAAGGUGAUGAGACUGUCCAUCCUGGCGGACCUCCACGUGGAAAUGAACUCCGAGGGGAACCUGGAGCUGGUGACCUCUGCCUGCAAACCCACCGUGGAGGAGGUGCAGAGCACCGAGGAGAUGGAAAGCAAGUCCUCUAGUUCAGACACGGACAAGGAGAUUAACGUUGAUAAGAUCUGCCUGGAAGUCUCCAAAUUGCUGCUUCUGCCAAACGAGCGGCUGAUCUCUCUGACAGCUCCGUUCCCCAUCACACCAAGCUGCCAGGUCCAGUACCUGCCCCUGGCUGCACCCGUGUUCUCCGAGCAGGGAAUCACCAUGUCCUUGCAAACGACUUUCCAGGUGGUGGGGAUACCAAUUCCCCUGCCAGUCAGCCCCAUGCCAUUCAGACUGGCGAGCCCCAGCCCUUCCCCCCUCACACUGGCUUUCUCUGACCCCUUCUACCCCAGCCUCUUCUUCGCCCUGGAAAUGGCUGGAGCCUUUAACAUGACCAUCCCGAGCCCGCUGACCACCGCCACCAUGGCACAGAAGAUUACUCAGAUGGGCUCCCUCUUCCAGGAGGACUUACCAGUGACGCUGCAAGCCGUGUUCAGGAGCUCACCUCGGGUGGUGCUGGAGGAAGAGUGCAGCCGUUGCGAGGGGCUGGCUCAGCCUUUCCCUGCCGCAGCGCCCAGGGUCCCGCGCAGCCUUUGCCUCCGUUGCGACAUGGCUGCAGGACUCCAACUCAGCGUCGCCGACACGAGGAUGAUGAUCUCUGCAGCGGUGAUCGAGGAUCUCGAGCUCAGCCUGGCUGCCUCCGACGUGGGUCCUGUGCCGGCUGCCUUGCUGGAGGAGUUAUUUUUGCCCACGAUCCGUGAGGAGGUCCCAGCUCAGAUGAACGUGGUCCUGAGCGAAGGCGUUUUCCUGCCCCACAUCUCCAGCUUUACCUACACCAACGUCAACGUCGUGAUUCACAAGGACUACGUCUUGGUCACCUGCAACCUCGAACUCCAGGAGAGGACAGGAGAGCAGAACACCAUGGGCUGA